AUGUCUGGUGGAACGCAGAAUAGUUUGAGGAAAGCACUUGGUGCUCUUAAGGAUACAACAACAGUUUCAUUAGCUAAAGUCAACAGUGGUUACAAGGAGUUGGACAUUGCUAUAGUUAGAGCUACGAACCAUGUUGAACGCCCAGCUAAGGAAAAACACAUUCGAGCUAUAUUUUCAGCGAUCUCAGCUACGAGACCUAGGGCUGAUGUUGCCUAUUGCAUCCAUGCUCUGGCCAGGCGAUUAUCGAAGACGCAUAACUGGGCUGUUGCAUUGAAAACCUUAAUCGUCAUUCACCGUGCUUUGAGGGAGGUGGAUCCCACAUUUCACGAAGAACUCAUUAACUAUGGAAGAAGUAGAAGUCAUAUGCUCAACAUGGCUCAUUUUAAAGAUGACUCCAGUCCAAAUGCAUGGGAUUAUUCUGCAUGGGUUCGCACUUAUGCAUUAUUUUUGGAGGAACGGUUGGAAUGCUUUCGUGUGUUGAAGUAUGACAUUGAGGCAGAUCGUCCUAGGACCAAAGAUUUGGAUACUGCAGAAUUGCUAGAGCACUUGCCAGCUUUACAACAACUUCUUUAUCGAGUUGUUAGUUGCCAGCCACAAGGGGCAGCUGUACAUAAUUUUGUGAUUCAGUUGGCACUCUCACUGGUUGCUUCGGAAAGCAUUAAAAUUUAUCAAGCUAUUAGUGAUGGAACUGUUAAUAUGAUUGAUAAGUUUUUUGAGAUGCAACGUGAAGAUGCUCUGAAAGCUCUUGAUAUAUACAGAAGGGUUGGGUUGCAGGCUGAGAGAUUGUCGGAGUUUUAUGAAAUAUGCCGUAAUCUUGAUAUUGGACGUGGAGAGAAGUUUAUUAAAGUUGAGCAGCCGCCAUCAUCGUUUAUGCAAGCCAUGGAAGACUAUGUGAAAGAUGCUCCCCAGGGAGUAAUAGUUCGCAAGGAUCAGUCCAUUGACAACAAAAUUGCCUCUCCAAAAGAAGUUUUGGCUAUUGAGUAUAAAAAGGAACCAGAAGUGCAAGAGGAACGUUCACUCUCUCCCCCUCCACAGCCUGAACCUGUGAAAGUGGAAACACCACCAGUUCAACCACCACCUGAUCUUUUGAAUAUGGAGGAUCCUGUUCCAGCAGCUGCAGAGUUGGAUGAGAAGAAUGCCUUGGCUUUAGCCAUUGUUCCCGUCGCUGAUCAACAACCUUCUGCUGUUUUAAAUCAUGCAAAUGGAACCACCACUGGGUGGGAAUUAGCACUUGUUACGGCUCCUAGUUCAAAUGAGAGUGCUGCAGCAGCUAGUAAAUUGGCUGGAGGUUUGGACAUGCUUACACUAGACAGCCUAUACGACGACGCACUCAGAAGAAACAACCAAAACGUUAGCUAUAAUCCCUGGGAGCAAGCACCGGGCGGAGGCAUGAUGCAACCAACAAUGCACGAUCCGUUUUUUGCCUCUAAUAGAAUGGCUGCUCCACCUUCAGUUCAAAUGGCAGCUAUGUCCAACCAGCAACAAUCUUUCAUGUAUCAACAACAACAACAGCAAAUGAUGAUGAUGCCCCCUCAACAACCAUCCGGAAAUCCUUUUGGAAAUCCUUACGGAUCCGCUGUUCAUCCUUAUGGCUCAGGUAUGCCAGUUCAAUCAUACAAUCCAUAUACAGGCCUCAUCUAA